AGAGUAUUUUUGGGGCGGGUCUAAGUAAGGACGCAUGCUUGAAUUUGAAUUCAGGCAAGAACUUGCAACUUGUACAGAUAUUAGUCAGCUACUACAACAGAACAGAUACUGUUAUACUGUAUAUUUGAUUCUUUCGUAAUUGUUUCUGCAAUUGUACAUGUGUGUAAUAUUAGCAUUUAGGAAGUGACGUUUAAAUAGCUGCACAGUGUUGAAUCUACAAGCCUCGUUGCACAAGGACAGAUCACUAAUAGCAAUGAAAGCGGGCGUUGUCCACUGCCGUUGUUCAAAAUGCUACUCGGUUCCAGUACGGAAGCGGGUUCGUAAACGAUCCCCACCCCUAACCUUGCUGUCUUUACCUGAGGAGAUUGUUCUCUGUGUUCUUCAGUGUCUCUCUGCAGAGGACCUCCUGUCUGUCAGAGUGGUUAAUUCCCAGCUGCGUGACAUUGUUGACAACCACUCCAGUAUUUGGGCCAGGGUCAGUUUCAGAGACAAGUGGCCAUCCCCCAACACCUUAUGGCUGUUUGAAAGAGCUGCUGAGAAAGGAAACUUUGAGGCUGCUGUGAAGCUUGGGAUUGCUUACUUGUACAAUGAAGGGCCAUUGUUAAGUGAUGAGGGGCGGGCAGACGUGUGUGGUCGAAAGGCAUCCCACUUCUUCAGCCUGGCAGAGAGCCUGCGCUCUCCUAAAGCAGAUCCCUUCACUUGGGUGUUCAUCCGUCCGCCAUGGUCGCCCACUGGCAGCUGCUGUAAGGCUGUGGUGUUUGAUCGCCUCAAGGCUGAGUGUGAUACCAACAUGGAAAAGAGGGGCCCUUUGUUGCACUGUUUGGCCAGAGUUUUGCUGCUGUUCGAUGAGGAUGAAAGACGUUCUGAUGCCAUAACCAUGCUAAAAGACUCAUCACGGGCCGGCUGUCUACAGAGCUCAUACCUGUUGUGGCAGCACAGUCGUAAAGCAGCGAUGGCCGAUCCAGGAAGGUACCUCCAAUGUGUGCGAACUCUCAGGGACUAUGCUAGCAAAGGAUGCUGGGAAGCGCAGUUGUCUCUGGCCAAAGUGUGCAGCAGAGGGAAUCCGCUAGGUCUGGAGUCCAAGGCGUGUGCAGACUUAGUAGCCCAGCUCUUCACUCCUUCCAAUCUGGCAUCACAAUGCUGCACUCAGGGCAUCCUCAGACAAGGCAUCAAAGACACAAUGAGGUACAUCCUUGUUGACUGGCUUGUGGAGGUGACCACUAUGAAGGACUUCUCCAGCUUGACGUUACAUGUGACAGUAGGCUGCGUGGACCGCUACUUGACUCUGCGCUCUGUCCCCAAGGCUCGCCUUCAGUUGUUAGGAAUUGCCUGCAUGGUGGUUUGCACACGCUAUAUCAGUAAGGAAAUCUUGACUAUACGCGAGGCUGUUUGGCUCACAGACAACACCUACAAGUAUGAGGACUUGGUCCGAAUGAUGGGAGAGGUUGUGUCUGUGCUGGAGGGAAAGAUCAGGAGCCCCACACUGCUGGACUACGGGGAGGUACUACUCUUUCUGCUCCCUCUGGAGAGGCGAACCACUCACCUGUUCAGCUAUAUCUGUGAGCUGUCACUGCUCUACUCGGCUCUCACCACACCCCCUCCUGCCAAACUGGCCUGUGCUGCACUACUCCUUACACGGGCACUACAUCACUAUGGUCCCAUCUGGCCCACCCUAUUAGUUGACUACACAGGAUUUUCCAAGCAAGACCUCAUCCCUCUGUCUGUGCUGCUCUAUGUCAAGUGUUUCAGUCAAGAUGUUCCCAAAGAUUACAGGCACGUCUCUCUUACUGGUGUUAAGCAAAGAUUUGAGGAUGAGGCCUAUCAGCAAAUCAGCAAAGAAAAGGUGAUGGAUUUUAAAGAGCUCUGUCAGAUCUUGGAGAUUCCAGAAGUUGAGCCUCAGAUGGAGCCCCCCAGUCCCACUGGUGGUCAGGCAGCAGACAUCCACACCUUUCUAGCAUCUCCAUCAAGCACCAACAAGAGGAGACGUGAUGACAGCAUUCAGGCCCACAGAGGCAGCUUUGUAGCCACACCUACAGCAGAGCUGUCCAAUCAGGAGGAGAUGCUGCUGGGAGACAUCCUGGACUGGAGUCUGGACUCCUCCUGCUCUGGUUAUGAGGGAGACCACGAAGAAGAGGGCGAGGGGGAGAAAGACUGUGAUUCUUCUAUGAUCUCCAUCACACUGCAGCCACUUACUGAAGCAGAAAAAAGACUUCAGCACUGUCGAGCUUUGUCUAGCGAUGAAGACAGCUUUUGUGAAGCAGAAGGUGAAACAAAGCAGGAUCGCCAAAGACAAGAAGCCUCCUUAUCCAGAGACCUUCAAAGUUCAGGAUACUCAUCCGUCCAGAGUGUCAGUCCAUCAUCUACAUGCUCCUCCUCCUCCUUCAUGCCUUGCACAUUCAAGACCUUUACCAGCUCCCUGGGUGGAGCUUCUGUUAAUGCCCAGCCAGGCUUCCGCCUAUUAGUGCCCAUGCAGAGGCCCCGGGGCACCUCCACCAAACAAGUGAAGAGGAAGAAUGUAGCUGCUCAUAGUGGAGGUGAGGUUGAAAGAGAAGAAGAGGAUCUGGAAGAAGAGUAUUCUUCCAACGCAGGGUUUCUGAGUCUGUAGACAAUGGGUCUUUGACCUCAAGCUGUUCAUAGAGAAGACCUCCAGCACUUUUAAUUUGUUCUCGAUGUUCGGGUGUCUCCUCCUGAGACUCCACUCUGGUUAGUCAACUGCUGGGAGAUCAAAAGACUGAGCUUUGAGACAAGGAGGGAAAAACAAACAAGCUUAAAAAUGAAUUACCAAGAAACUUGCCUCUCUGCCACGUUACAUUUCAUUUACAUGUUUACAUGCAUGGAGCAAUAAAAAUACCUCCCAUUAAACAAAGACAGUCAGCUUAGAAACCACUGGAACAUAACUUGACUUUCCUCAGGAGCCAUUUCACUUGUUUAACAGCCUCCUACAGAAACCUAUCUCAUAUUAGAUAGUUAUAAAUGAAACAAAUCUUGUA